AUGCACGGUACCUGAAAAAUAUUUGAUUUCUUUAUUAUGGCUGCUAAAAAUAAAGUGUACAGCUUCAAUCUAGGAGAUUUGGUUUGGGCGAAAAUGCCAUCGUACUGUUUCUGGCCAGGACGAAUUGUUGAACCAAAUUCUCCUCAAUUGGCUAAAAUGAAAAAGAGUCCAACGCAAAAUUGUAUUUUCUUUUUCGGAAGCAAUAACUACGCUUGGAUUGAAGAAAAGAUGCUUCGACCUUACCUUGAAUGCCGUGAUGAGAUGAAGUCAAGAGGAAAGCCAAAAGACCAAUUUCAACAAGCCAUGAUAGAUAUUGAAUCCUUCAUUGAAAAUCCCAACAAUUUUUCAGCACUUUUUGAUCAGAAAACGGUUUACCAAAGGAAAAAAGUGUCACCAAAACCAAAAAAACAGGAUCCAGAAUUCGAUUUUGACAGUUUGAAAUCCGACUCGAGUGUUCCAUCCUCACCAAACGUUUCCAAAACUCCACAGUCUACGCCGGUCUCCUUAAAACGCUCAACAUCAGCUCGAUCAAAUGAAAAGCCUAAAGUGGCUGAAAAAACUCCAAAAGUGCCUGCAGCAAAACGUAAAGUAACAAAUGAUUUGGAACCAACAGACGCAACUGAAACAGAAGAUUUACCGACAAAAAAGCCUCGUAAAUCCUCCAUCACUCCAGUUGUUGCGCAACCUUAUCGCAACAUUGAUCUAAUAACUCCAGACUCACAUUUUCGUAGUGGUGCAAACGAAACUACGAAAAUCAAAUCGCCUCUUGCUAAAGUUGAAGCGUCCCCAACAAUCUUCGGAUUCAUCGGAUUGGGCAUUAUGGGCAGAAGCGUUUUAUGCAAUUUACUUGAAUCUGGACAUUCUGUUGUCAUUCAUAAUAGAACAAUGUCACGAUGUGAUGAGUUUCUAGAACGGUACAGUGAUCGCUGUUCUCAAGCUCUUUCACCAAAAGAUGUCUUCGAACAAGCUCAAAUAACUUUUGUUUGCGUUUCCGAUUCAUAUGCUGUAAAAGAAACAAUCAUGGAUGGACAACAAGGAGUUUUUGCUGCAGAUAAUGUCACAGUUGACAAAGGUCUUGUCAUGUUGAGUUCAAUCGACUGUGAAACAUCUCGUGAUAUUGCUAACGCUAUGAUGAUGAAACCUGUGCGUUAUCUUGAAGCACAAAUCCAAGGCUCGCGUAAUCAAGCGAAAGAAGGUUCGUUAAUCAUCAUUGCAGCUGGUGACAAGUCACUCUUCGAUGAUUGCUAUUCAUGUUUCAAAUCUAUUGCUAAAGAUACAAAUUAUCUUGGUGAAGAAAUCGAAUCUGCAGUAAAAAUGAAUUUGGUUCUUCAAACAAUGGCUGGUGUUCAACUUGCUGCUGUAUCUGAAGCUUUUGCCUUGGCGAACACGUUUGAUUUGCAACUACAAGAUAUAUUAGAAAUCAUUGAUAUCAGCAAUUUGAACUCUCCAUUCAUUAUGGAGAAAGGAAAUGUAAUUAUCAGUGAAAAUUACCGAGAUCCAAGCAUGAAAGUUGAGACAAUGCAAAAAGAUUUGAAAAUGGCUAUUGAUUUUGGGGAUUCUCUUGAACAUCCAUUGCCACUUGCAACAGCAGCAAAUGAAAUAUUAAAAACAGCAAAACGUUUAGGCUUAAGACAAGAUGACAUUGCUUCAAUCUUCAUUGCAUCAAAUUUUCAUGCAAACCCUGAAAGCUACAUCCUUGAAUUCCAAAGACAAGGAAUCAACACUUUAAAAAAGUACGAAAUGGAAGGUUUAAAUGUUGGAGAUUUUGUUUGGGCAAAAAUGAAAGGUUUUCCAGCCUGGCCAGGACGAGUUGUUGAGCCAAAUGACUCUUUACAGAAACUUCAAAAAGCAGAGAAAUCGAAGUGUAUUUACUUUUUUGGAUCCCAUAACCACGCUUGGAUUGAAGACAGUAACAUCAAACCAUAUAAUGAGUCGAAAGAUCAAAUGCUGAAAUUGGGAAAAGGAAAAGCUUCAUUUGCAAAGGCAAUCAAGGAAAUUGAAGAUUUCAUGAAAGAUCCAAAUGCGAGUCAAAUAAUAACAACCCCAGCACGACAAGCAACAACACCGAAAAUCAGAAAAUCAGUUCCGAAUGAAGUCCAUAAUGCUGAUGUAGCUAAUGAAAGCUUAAUUGAUGACAAUGAAACUAACAAUUCACCGAAAAAAAACCUCAACAGUAAAUUGCCUGUCACAAAGCGUUCCACGCAAAAGAAGGCAAGACCAGCAACGCCGAAAUCAAACGACGAAACUGAAGCCACUCCUGAAAAGCGUUCACGUUCAAGUGCAUCAAGUCCGACUGUAAAUCGUUCAAAUCAUAACAACAACAAUAUUGAUAAUCCAUCAGAAGUUGUCCCAAAAGCAAAUUAUAUUUCCACACCAGUUCCACGAGCGCGUGCUGCACGUGCUGUUAUUGAUCGUCCUGAAAUAUUAUCGCAACCAGAAAAAGAAGAUCUUGAUGUAUCGACAAUUACACAAACUUUACUUUCAAAAAACAUUAAAGCAUCGGAUAAAAAGUUUGGUUUUAUUGGUCUAGGAAACAUGGGAAGUGGAAUUGUUAAAAAUUUGUUGCACUCUGGACAUUUAGUUUAUGUUUGGAACCGCUCGGAAGCUAAAGCAAAAAAGUUUGAAAUUGUUGGUGCGAAACGUAUGCUGACACCGAGUGAUGUUAUUGAACAUUCUGACAUCACUUUUUCUUGUGUAUCUGAUCCAAUUGCUUUGCAAAAUACAAUAUUUGGACAGUAUGGAGUAAGUUCAGCACAACGAGAUCCUGAUCCAAAGAAGAAAAAAGGCUACGUUGAGAUGACAACCAUCGACACAUCAACGUCAAAGGAUAUUGAAAGUGCUUUGAAUGGGAUUGGCAUCAGCUAUUUGGAAGCACAAAUUCAGGGAACAAAAGCACAAGCACAAGAAGGAAAAUUGAUUUUGUUAGCUGCUGGUGAUAAGGAUCUCUUCGAUAAUUGUCAAACAUGCUUUGAAGCUAUGGGUCGUAAUUCAUUUUUCGUCGGUGAAACUGGAAAUGCUACAAAAAUGAAUCUUGUGCUUCAAACCAUCACUGGUGUUCAAAUUGCAGGACUUUCAGAUUCAAUUGCUUUAGCCGAACGAGCUGGAAUUGCUACAGACAAGUUUAUGGAUAUCUUAUCAAAAACUGAUAUGCGGUCAGAUUUAUUAAUGGAAAAAGGAACUGCAAUGGUUAAUCGACGCUAUAAUGACGUGAAUCUUCCAUUGAUGCACAUGCAGAAAGAUCUUCGUUUGGCAAUCAAUAUGGCUGAUGGAUUAGAUCUUCCAAUGCCACUUACAGCAAUAGCAAAUGAAGUUUAUAAGAAUGCACGUCGUUCAGGGCUUGCUGAAGGAGAUGCUAGUGCAAUUUGUUAUCGUGCUCGUCACUAACAAGAGAUGAAAACAGAUGACUCUAAAAAGUGGAUGACAAAAAAGAUCGUUAAAGGACCACAAGACCAUCUUUAAGAAAAACUAAAAGAUAGAAAAUAAUUAAAACAAAUGAUCAUAUCUUUACAUUAUUAUUGUCUUCGAACUCUUCGAAGGCAUUAUUUCAAUUUUAUUUCAUUAUUUUUUCUUAAGAAUAGGCAAAAAUUCUUUGGAUUAUUUAAACCUUAAGGUUUACUAUUAAAAAUCAGUUUCCGUUUUUGUCUGCAAAUAUUAAAUUGUGAGGAGGUCACAAUAAAUUUAAGUAAAACAUAAUUUAAAGAAACUUUCAAAAAUAAUAACAAGAAUUUUAACAAGAUGAUUAAAAUGUUAAAUUAAUUAAAAUUCCAAAUGUUGUAUCCUCAUUCUACAAAGCCUCUCUUCUGUCAUUCGAAGAAAUUCGAUGAAAUGAAUAUAAACACAAAAUUAAUUUUUUUAUGAUGAGAUAGAAGGGAUAUCUGAAAAGUUAAAGCAAAAUGAAAAAUUAUUAAUAUUAAACUUAGCAUAUUUUAAAAAAAAAGUAAUGUACUGGCGAGUUGUAGAAAAAAGGGUUCAUUAUGAAUGCAUGUCACCUCACAAAGAACUUAAAUAUUUUUCUAGUGUAUAAUGAUCAAGAUGAAGUUUCAUGUAAUCCCCAAGACUAUUAGUUAUUGAAAGAUUAAAUAAAAAAGAAAAUGGAAAAAGAAAAUUUUCCU